CGAGGGUGAACAUGCAUGACUUUUUGCUUGCUACUCACAUUUGAAACUCAAAUUCACACUUCAUAUUUUCCUCUACAGAUCUUGGCAAAUCCUCGGCAUCAAUUCAACACGAGCUCUAUCUACAAGAAUGUAACUCUGGUGGCCUGGGACCCUGCACCUUACACCAUCAACUUAAACAAGUGGUACGCCAGCCCAGACUACAACCUGUUUGGUCCGUACGUGGAGCACCGCAAGCUCCAUCCUGACCAGCCCUUCUACAUCCUCCACCCCAGCUACGUGUGGCGACUCUGGGAUGUGAUCCAAGGCAACACCCAGGAGAAUAUCCAGCCCAAUCCCCCGUCAUCGGGCUUCAUAGGUAUCCUCCUGAUGAUGGCGCUGUGUGAGCAGGUACACGUGUACGAGUACAUUCCCUCGAUGAGGCAGACGGACCUGUGCCACUACCACGAGCGCUACUACGAUGCUGCCUGUACUCUGGGUGCCUACCAUCCCCUCCUCUUUGAGAAGAGCCUGAUCCAGCGAAUCAACACGGGCCCAGAGAGCGACCUCCGGAGGAAGGGACGCGUCACUCUUCCAGGCUUCAGCACCGUCAACUGUGACAUCUGAUAUAUGAAACCUGACUCUCUGAGCCCCGAACACACACACACACACACACACACACACACACACACACACACACACUCUGGCCUUUUCUGGCUGAUCAAGGGAGAGGUGCAAUAACGCCACUGCAGACAAGGAGGCUGAAGCUUACAAGUUUCAAAUUAGACCACUAAAGAGCAUAAGCCAUAGCCCUCUGGGGAGGGAUCAACAAGGAGGUUUCUGCAAGACCUUGUCUUCACAGAGACGGUUUACUUUGACCAGAGACUGGAAGGGAGAGUCUCCGAGAAGGAGCUGGAAAAAAGACCAUUUUUCUCUGCUUUAGCUGAGCCACAUUAGCUGUGGAGCUGACUAGGAUAGCAACAGAUCAAUGUUAUAGAUAGACAAGUGAAUUUUCCAUAAGUGGGUGUUUCAGUGGUGUACAGUCUGUGUUUCUAGCUAGUACGGGUGGUUCUCCACUUAGAGGAAAUGCCGCUGUUUAUAACGGGGGUUGUGUUUCUUUUCUUUUGUACUGGUCCCAAGGGUUGUGAAUGAAUAGAGAAGUCAUCCACGCUGAAUGUCAAAAACAAUCGCACACACACUUUUACACACAUGAAGCAGCAAGAAUGCACAAAAAGAAAUGGAAAAGGUAGAUUUCCACAGCAGUCAGAUUACUGUACAUAUCCUCCUGUGAAAUCGGUUUCAUUUGUGUCGUCACGAGGGGUUCAUUUCUCACUACUGAUGCUGAGUUACUGUCCUGUGCAUGCUGACUGGCAGCCACCAGUUUGCCACUUUCUGUUCACGUUUUCCUUUUAGGGUGUAAGUGUGUGUUUAUAUCAAAGCAAAAUGGGGCCAAAACGGAUCUUCAGAAACAGGUGCUCAGAACAGCCGUAACCCUGUGCCUAGCGGUCGACUGAACACUUCCCUCGGGUUGCCUUGUGACUGUUGGGAUACAUGCAGUACAAACUGUGGCAGGACUGCAGUUCCAUUCAGUUUGAUUGCCAUGAGAUGUGGAGAGCAGUCGAUAUUUUCUGAAGCUAUCAGGGGAUUCUCAGCUCUGCCUCAGCAACACCAGCCCCCUUCCCCCUCUCUUCUUGUUUUUCUCGAUGGUCAGUUCUCUCUUUUAUUGAAUGUAACUUUACCACUGCGUAUUGUGGCCAAAUCCUUCGCUGGUCUGCUUAUGUGCAGCUCCUUGCAGGGUUAUUUCUUGUUAUGUAAUAGCAUGAAGCGCAUUCCCUACAACUAUAAAUGUCUCAUAUUUCCAGACUCCUCUAAUAUUAGUCUGUGCCCCUCUGUAGCUCCAAAUGGAGACGAUUAUAAAAGAGGAAUUUGGACCGGUAAUAUCCUCAGAUUUGCAAUGUCUCCAGGUAGAAUGAUGUUUUUUAUGUUUACAGUGAGCUGGUGCCACAUCUGCUGCUAGCUCUACAGGUGUUAGGUCAGUGUGGAAAGGAAAGGAGAGUCGGUUGUGCUUUUUAAUUAGUUUUUCAUUUAGCUACGGACAUGCAGUCGGAAAGAUUUUGCCUGUAACUGAGAUUUUUAUUACUAAAAGUGUUAUUCUACAAAAUGUGCUUGUGCCAUUGGUUGUGGUUUGGUGAAAGAUAUGAAAUCGUCACAGAAAUGUUGCUUGGAGUAGUUUGAUGUGAAGAAAACGGCUCUGUAGUUGUCGUAUAGUCAUGUGUAGAUGAUUCUGGGGCUCAACCAGGGCUGGGUAUUGAAGAACAUUUAUCUGGACUAAUUCAAAAACAUACUGUUGUCUCCUCCAAAAUCUCUUUUUAUAACUCAGACUUGACCUAAUCCAUGAAGGAAAUGAGCAUCUGUCCAUGUGGAAACCACGUUUUCAGUACUCGUAUUUUAUAUUGCAGCGUUGAUAGAGUGUAAAUUGUGAUCUUGAAAUUAAACUGAGAAACUACUGUAUGCAUGUGCAGCAUGUCUCCUAGAUGAAAUGACUGACGACUAAUUCAGUGAAUUACACACAGAACAAAGGUACUUCAUCACAUUGAUGCAAAAUUCUGUAAAUCAAAUAUUGUCGUGAAAGCCUUUUUCCCACAAUGAGAUAUUGAUAAUACAAUAAUGCACAGUGAUAUACUGCAUCUGCUUUGGUGGAAAUUUUAUAGAAUCGCCAUGAAACUGCUGAUAAAUGGUCUCUAGUUAUGUUUAUGGUUGUAUUUUGCAGCCCUGCUUGACCGGUCUUCAAGCUUUGGACACAUUUUUCUCAGAAUACAAAAAGUUUGAUACCCAGCCCCAGUUAUUUAAAGAUUCAUACAGCAGAGGAACCCACUGAAGUCAGCAGCUGUUAGUGGACUGUAGAGGUUUUCAAACUGGACUGCAGGAACAGUUUUUUAAAGCUUAAGGAGAUUUCAGCGUUCAUUUUAAAUCGUGCAGGUUUUGGGCUCUGCUGUAGGUUUUUCCGUUCCUCCGUUGAGGUAAAUGAUGAAAUGUUUUAGUGCUUGUGAUUGUAGCACACUGAAGGUGCAAACAGCCCUGAACAUACUGUACAUGUAUAUUUCUAAUAACUGAUUUCUCUUCAAUGCACAGAGCAUGCAAAUCAGGAUCAGGGCUAAGUCUUCAACUGUCUGUGCUGUACUGUGCUGCAAGUAGACACCAUUGUCAUUAAUGUUGUGAGAGGCAAUUGUGCUCCAAGAUUUUCUUUUCCUUAAGUGAUGUUUUGCAGAUUUUAAUGCAUGCUUGUGGAUUCCAUCCUGCUGCAGGUGCAGCUCUUGACCGAGUGCAACACUUCUGGCAACUUCAUCUUUGCAUCUUAAUAUUGUGCCAAAUUACAUUUUUAAUGAAACCUGAGUUGGGUGGGUUAGAUGGGAGAGGAAUUGGAGUGAUAGCGAGGUUGUUGCUUCUCUCUGGGAUGCCUGAGGUCAAAUUUAAUCGAAUUUUCUGUCCUCCACAGUUUUAAUGCCAGUAAUAGGACGUUGAAGUGAAACUUGACAUUAACCCUCAUGUUUGGUGGCGGUGAAGUAACGAGAUGAGAAAACACCUCGGUUUCUCCUCUCAGCCUCUUUUUCUCCGUUCUUACAUCUUGAGGCCUGUUUUUCAUUUAGUAUUGUGGGAGUUUCUGCACCACACUGCCUCUGAAGGAUUGUUAAAGAUUUGAACAAACAUUUUCUACAUUUCCCUUCUGAAGCUUCCUGCAGCGUUCCUAAAAAGGGGAAGGAAAAAAACAAAGAAGCAUCCGUGUCUGAGCGUAAUAAGAGUGAAGGUCCUGUUUCACUCCCAACAGCCUUAUGGUGUUCUAGAUUUUUAUUUGCCAGUGAAUUCUCUUCUUACUACACUUGAAUUGAUAUUUAAAUAGACCAUUUGUAUGAUUUCUGUUGUUGUAAUUUGUCUUUUUUUACUGUGUAAAUAAAGCCGUUGUACAUGUCAAA